AGAGAGCCCCAAAUAGUUUUUCAUGUGAUUUAAACAACAAAGACAGUAUAAAUUUCCAUGCAAUGGAUCGGAGAUUUGGCAAACCUCUUCUCAAACUGCAUCAACACCAAGAAUCUCAAGCUCGGGAGAUCCCUACACUCCCACCUAAUCAAAACAGCUUUUAUCAUCGACACAUUUUUCACCAACCGCCUAAUGCAGAUUUACUCCAGAUGCAACUCCAUUGAUGAUGCCCAGAAAACCUUCGAUGAUCUCACAUCCAAAAACGCCCACUCGUGGAACACGAUGAUUUCUGCGUAUUCUGAAACGGGCCGUUUCGAAAGAUCCCGCCACUUGCUCGACGAAAUGCCUGAACCAAAUCUCGUUACCUAUAACUCCAUGAUUUCCAGCUUCUGUCGAAGUGGGUUUGAUAAGGAAGCUGUGAAUUUGUUCAAAGGGAUGCAGAAAACGAGUCGGAAUGCGGUACUGAUGGAUGAGUUCACCGUUGUCGGUUUGGCGAACGCAUGCGCUAAUUUGGCUGCGUUGGAGUUGUUGCGCCAGGUACAUGAUGCUUCGAUAAUAAUGGGGUUGGAUUUCAAUAGGGUGGUUUGCAAUGCUUUAAUCGACGCUUAUGGGAAAUGCGGUGUGCCAAAGAGUUCUUAUUCGAUAUUCAGUCAAAUGGUGGAGAAAGAUGUCGUUUCUUGGACUGCUUUAAUCAUGGGCUUGGCACAGAACGGUGAAGGAGAAAAAGCUUUGUACUUUUUCACAAAAAUGCAGGAUGAAGGUAUAAUCGCCAACGAUAUUACAUACGUUAGUGCAUUAAGUGCCUGUGCAGAUUUAGCUCUCGUAGAAAAAGGGAAGCAAAUCCAGUGUUUCAUCAUCAGAAAUAGGAGUAGUAGUCUCUUCAAUAACGUGUUCAUAGUUAACGCGCUAAUCGACAUGUACAGUAAGUGCGGUGAGAUGAUAUCUUCGAUGAGGUUAUUUACGAGACUCCACAAGAAAGACAUCGUCACAUGGAAUUCACUAAUAACGGGCUUUGCUCAAAACGGACAAGGAGAGGCUUCGCUUGCUGUAUUUGAGAUGAUGGUGCAAGAAAAUGUAAGACCGAAUCACGUGACAUUUGUUGGUGUACUAUCAGCUUGUAGUCACUCGGGUUUAGUGUCUGAAGGGCUUCGUUUUCUUGCUACAAUGGAGGAGAGGUAUAAUUUGAUCCCACGAUCGGAUCACUACGCAAUUAUUGUAGAUUUGCUCGGACGAAAAAACAGACUUGGAGAAGCGUUGGAGGUGAUCGAGAAGGCUAAUUACGGUUCUAGCCUAAUCGGAAUGUGGGGUUCUCUUCUGGCGAAUUCUCGCGUUUAUGGGAAUUUGGAAUUUGCGAAAAGGGCGGCUGAAGCUCUGUUUGAGCUUGAGCCUGAAAAUACGGGAAGAUAUGUUAUGUUGUCGAAUAUUUACGCGAAUGCUGGUAUGUGGGACGAUGCUCGUGAAAUAAGAAGGGUUAUGGAGGAAAUGGAACUGACGAAAGAAGCGGGGUCCAGUUGGAUAGAGGUCAAGAAUGUGAGACAUGUGUUUGUAGUUGAGGACAUGUCUGAACAUAAGUUAGAAGAUGAUAUACGAGGAUUACUUGCGAACCUUGUCGCUCAAAUGAAGGAUGUUGGUUAGUGGUAACAUGUACUAAAAGAGUGCAUUGAACUGAUUAAGCAAGAAUUUUGUACUCGUGGGGGCAAAUGUAUUUUUUUAAAUAUCUUGGGUCAAUUGAUAAUACUACACUAGUUGAAAAAUAUUACGGGUGCACGCUUCGUAGUUUUAUACUGGCUGCACCACUAGUCGUCAACCUUCUACACUGGAACCUUUAAGUAUUCUUUUGAUUCUUGAUUAAUUUGAUCCAGUUUUCUUGAUGUCAAUAAGCCACGAUCGGUCAAAUC